AUGGGCCAUGAGGUUCACGGCCAAGGAGGGGUCAAGUUCCAGAACUGGGCCAAGACCUAUGGCUCCUCUCCGGAGUUGUACUUCCAGCCUACCUCAGUGGAGGAGAUCCGGGAGAUCCUGGAUAUGGCCAGGCAGCGGGACAAGAGGGUGAAGGUGGUGGGGGGCGGCCACUCUCCUUCUGACAUCGCCUGCACCGAUGACUUCAUGAUCCAGAUGGGGAAGAUGAACAGGAUCCUCAAGGUGGACAAGGAGAAGCAGCAAGUGACGGUGGAAGGUGGGAUUUUGCUCUCGGAUCUGAACGUCGAGCUGAGCAAGCACGGGUUGGCCCUGGCCAACUUAGGAGCCGUUUCUGAGGUGGCGGCGGCCGGUGUGAUCGGGACGGGGACGCACAACACCGGGAUCAAGCAUGGCAUCCUCCCCACCCAGGUCGUAGCGCUCACGCUGCUGACAGCCUCGGGGGAGAUCCUGGAGUGCUCCGAGUCCAUCAACGUGGACAUCUUCCAGGCUGCCUGCCUGCACCUCGGCUGCCUGGGCGUCGUGCUCACCGUCACCUUCCAGUGUGUGCCCCAGUUCUACCUGCACGAGGUGGCCUUCCCCUCCACUCUCACCGAG